CUUUCUUUGUGGUAGCGAAGCUUGAUUUAAAAGAUUCUUAGUGGGUCAAAGAUUCUACCAGGCUCGGAGACUAUCAUGAAAGCCCUAUGAAAAAUGGAUAAUUGCUUCAGGGUCACAAGCCGGGCUCAUACCCAGUUAGACAAAACUAGUCAAGUGAGCGUCUCACAACACUACAACAUGUGUGAUAGGCUCUCUGGUCUUUUAACUGCUUUACAUGGCACAACUCUUUCAAUUUCUGGGCUGGCAUUUGAGUUUUCUUUCCCCUUUCAAUUGACACACAUGACAUAGAUAGCUCCAGUGGCCCCCUAUUUCUGCCUGUCAGACAGAAUCCAUCCUGAGACAACUAGCCAAUACAAAUCCUGUUUGGCAGACUGGUAAUACUGAAACUUAUUUUCCAGGGUUGUUUAUGGUUGCUCAGAACAGAUGAUUACCUGGUAGGCAAGUUCCAUGUCAAUCAUGUUGUCUGGUAAUGCUGGUGGACUCAGUUUUUCACAGCCAUUUAUCAUUCUUGAACAUGAAGUAGUGAUUGCAGAAACAGGGUCUGGUUUAGUCCGGUUUCAUAGAAAUCAUGUCUACCUGUACUUGGUAGUAGACUCCUCUUCCGGGGCUAUUAUGCAGCUAGCUAUGCUCACUUUUGUGAGACAGUGACUUGGGAGACAAAGUUUUAAGUGGUCCAAAGCAAUGGACCUGGCUUAUGAGGAAAUCUUGUUGAAGAUUGCAAUUUCUUGCUCAGUUUGUUGUAGAUAUGUGUUAAAUUGGCUAUAAAUUGAAGUGGGGUGCUGAGUUGGAGCGGCUGCAAGAGCAUCUAGAACUUGGGUUUUCAAGUUUUUUCAGAGAGAAUGCGUUCGUAAGAAAAACCAUCGAUUCUGCCCAGGAAGCGUUCUCUUCAGCUUUUCAGAAACCUUCUGGCUAUUUCUCUCCAUCGGGGCACCACUCCAUUCACAAACCAUGUUUCUCCUUGAGGACGACUUGUCUAUGGUCAUUUCCACCGAGGAAUUCAAGAUUUUUCAUGAAAUGGACAGAAGACUGUACACCAUCCUCACGAAAGACCUCUGGCGCGACCCUCUGGAAUCCAUGAGGAUCAUAGCCUUAUGGCUCUGGUUGGAGCGGUCCAGUUUCAAGAACAUCAUCAGUAAGAUUUUGUCCUUGACCCAAUUCCUGAUAAAUGAACUAGCAGACGAGGCAGUAACAUGCCUCAACUGCCUCAAUGCCAAUCCAUUUCUGUCCUUUUAUGAAGCCAUUCACAUCCCACUAACUCAAAACCUAAUGGACAAUGAGAUCUCUCUCAAGUACUUCCACGAAAACCGUGUCACUGCAAUCCAGGGUGUUUCAAAGGUGAUAAGUGAUGUUUGUGCGAGGGCAUUGACUGACCUGAUGCAGCAAGCUAUUGAGCGAAAUGCUGCCAAAAUGCUUGUGCCAUCCUUGGUUCAACCUGACUUUGUUCGCCUGAGGCUUGGUGGUGUUGAGAUGAUCAAGCCACCGGGGACUAGAGCAUUUGAGGUGCACCCAGAUGAGAGGACCAUGUUUGUCACAUUCUCCAAGGGCUAUCCAGUGGCAGAGAGAGAGAUCCGCGAGUUCUUCACUAGGAUUUACGGGGAUUGCAUUGAGUCACUCUAUAUGCAAGAAGUGCAGCCCGGUGAACAGUCUCUUUUUGCGCGAAUUGUGUUCUAUUUGCCUUGCUCCAUUGAGUUGAUCCUCAAUGGGGUUGAAAAAGUUAAGUUCACCAUCAAUGGGAAGCAUGUGUGGAUGCGCAAAUUCGUGCCGAAACGCCGUAGGUCGUCAUCCCCGCCACCACUGCUGCCGCCACCUACCACUGCCUAAUCUGCCAGGCGCCUGCACUUCUAACUAGUUUAUAACGUUAUGUUUUUUUUCAUAUGGUGUUAUGUGUCAGUACUAUUAGCAAUACUCCUUCGUUUCCGUUUUGCAAGCAAUGAAUGUCUAUGUUUGGAAACUAUAUGUGCUAAGUUAAAAUGUUAUGGGAACUAUAUAUAAGUAAGUGAAAAUUUCCUGUCUUAUAUUAUUUGUUA